UUUGGGAUUUUGUUCAGUCAUGCUGGUAAGAUAUCAAUAAAAGAAAAAGAUGAGCAACGUUGUGGAUACGCUGACGAAGAAGAAAGAGGUGGACUCCAUAAUCAGAGAUACCAUCGACAAAGUACUCAUCCUCCGCUUCGGCCGAUCUUCCGAUACCGUUUGUCUUCAACUCGACGAUAUCUUGGCUAAAUCGGCUCGUGAUGUCUCCAAAUUUGCUAGUAUUGCAUUGGUUGAUAUUGAUUCAGAGGACGUGCAGAUGUAUGUCAAGUACUUUGACAUCACAUUCAUACCUUCAACAAUCUUUUUCUUUAAUGCGCACCAUAUGAAGAUGGAUUCUGGGACUGCUGAUCACACUAAAUGGAUAGGAGCAUUUCACAAAAAACAGGAUUUUAUUGAUGUUGUCGAGGCUAUUUAUAGAGGAGCCAUGAAGGGCAAGCUGAUCGUGACCUGUCCUUUGCCUCCAGAAAAGAUACCAAAGUUCCAGUUGUUAUACAAGGAUGUAUAAAAGAUUAUGAAUUUACAAGUAUCAAAAUCGAAUUCUGGGCCAAGUUGUUCAUGAUGCAUUGAAUUGGAGGAAUCAACAUUUGAUCUAAAUACAUACGAAGAAGUAAUAUUUUGGAAUAGUUUUUUAUGGUCUUUUUUCGGACCAUAUUGCCAUAUUGGUUUGGUUUAUUUUUUUUGGAAUGUAUCGGCCAUAUUGUGGCGAGAGUGUAAAUAUUCUUUGGAUUGGAGCUUGUAAAUGGAUGAAUUAGCACUUCAAGAAAUUGUACCAUUAACGACAGGAAAUCCCGUCGCUAAAGGUCAAUAAUCGUUGAUUAACGACGAGAUUUCCCGUCGCGUACCCGUCAUAAAAGUGGGGCCGUUAUUAAUGGAAAAUCCGUCUUUUACGACUGUUGUUCUCGCCUUUGUUUGGUUAUUAGUCCCAUCGCAAAGGCUUUUGUGAUGGAACUUUUGACCCGUCGUUAUUAGAUUGUCAUUAAAGAUACAAAUUCUUGUAGUGUAGUUUGGAUAUGAAAAAUGUAAAUGAAGGUUUUUAUUCAAUAUUUUUUGUGUAUGGUGAACUUUAAAUGAAGGUAUUCUAAUAGUCAAUUGCUAUUUUCUUUAA